AUGGCUGGGAAACAAGCGAUCAAGAAAGCGAACAAGGCUGCCAACAAGAGCAAGCAGGCUGCCAACAAGAAAGGCAAUGACAAGUCUAUCAAAAAGGCCGUCAACAAGCCAGGAUCAAAGAAUGCAAAGUCAAAGGAUCCAAUGGACAAGAUCCCAGACUAUGUACCCGUUCCUGAAGCCGAUAACGAAGACGUUGACAUUUCAGACGAGGAUCUUGCGUUCUUUGCCGAGAAUGAGCAGUUUGGCACCUUUUUAAAGUCCAUGGACUCCAAGGCCAUCACAAAGAAUCUCACACGUGAUGAAAAACCACGCAUUGAACGUCCUGAAUCGAAAAAGAAGCAGCAACAGCAGCAGCAACAACAGCCAUCGAGCGAAUCAGAAUCGGAUGAAGAGGAUUACGAUUAUGAUGAUCUUGAAAACAUGGCGAGUGAUGAUGUGGCUUCCAUUGUACUUUCGUCAUCGGAUGAAGAAGAGGAGGAAGAAGAUGCUGCAGAGGCUAUGGAGGAAGAUGUGCCACCAUCGAUCAGCGAUAUUGAAGAUGAAUUGGAGAACAUGGAACAGACACGUCCUUCCAAAAAGCGCAAGCAUGUCGAAUCGGAUGAUGAGGAAAUGGAUUAUGAGUUGCAGCCUCGUAAGGUUGGCAGUGAAUGGACCCAAAAGGAUUUCGUUGAACGCUUGCCUAUCAAGUUACCUGGAGGAAAGAUCGUCAAGGUGGAUCAGGAUGAGCAGGAGAAACAAGAGGCAUCUGCCGAUGAGAUGAGCCAAGAGGAAGAGGACGAGAAGGAGGAUCAAGCUGUUGAGGAGAAGGUGCAAGUCGAGGAAGAACCAGCACCCAAACUCACCAAGAAGCAAUACAUUUUGGCCAAGAAGGAAGAGCUCGCACAAAUCGCUACUCAGAUCCAAGAAGAUCCAGAUGAAAAUAUCAAUCAAUUGAAAGCAUUGCGUAAAAUUACGGCUGACACCAAUCCAACCAUCAAGAAACUUGCACUUCUCACUCAGCUUGCAGUAUACAAAGAUAUCAUUCCUGGCUAUCGUAUUCGUCCAUUGACUGAGAAGGAAGAAGCUGUCAAGGUAUCCAAGGAUGUCAAAAAGCUGCGAGAAUUUGAAAAGACGUUGCUCCACAACUAUGAGCUUUACCUCAAGGAAUUGGACACCUUGCUCAAGAGAAAAUCAGCCCAAAGUGAUACCAGCUUGAUCACCGUGGCAGUCAAGUGUCUUUGCGAAUUGCUCACCACCAAGACGCACUUCAACUUUCGAUUAAACUUGAUGAUGUCUAUUGUCACUCGGAUGAGCACGGUCCAAUGGAAUGAGGAUGCGGAUCUUUGCAGCAAAGCGAUCAUCAACGUGUUUGAAGAGGAUGAAACGGGACGUGUAUCAUUGGAUGCGGUUACUAUGAUCACUCGAAUGAUCAAGAGCAAAAACUAUCAGGUGCACGAGAAUGUCAUCAACACGUUCCUUCAUUUACGACUCAAGGAUGAAUUGACACCUGAAGCCAGCAAAAAGCACGGAGAUGGGGAUAAGCAAAACAAGAAACGCAAAAAGGAGUUCUUGACCAAGAAAGCACGCAAAGCACGCAAGGAGACAAAGGAAGUGGAAAAGGAAAUGAAGGAAGCUGAAGCCGUGGUUGACAAGGAAGAAAGGGAAAAAACGCACACGGAGACCCUGAAACUGGUCUUUGCCUUUUAUUUCCGUAUCCUCAAAAAGCAGUCGACUUCCCCCUUAUUGCCAGCUGUGUUGCAGGGUUUGGGCAAGUUUGCUCACUUGAUCAGCGUUGACUUUUUCGAUGAUUUGCUUGCAGCACUCAAAGAAGUAUUGGACAGCCUUGAACAUAGCACGAGCAAAGGCACAGCAGGUGCUGGUACACGAAAGCGCUUACUAUGCAUCAUCACCGCAUUCGAACUUCUUUCUGGUCAAGGCGAAGCAUUUGUCACAUACGAUCUCAAGGAAUACUAUUCAGCAUUGUAUGAGAUUCUCUUUGAGUCGACCUUCCAUUACAUGAUUGAGCAUAAACCCAAUCCCGAUGCUGCAUCCGAAAGCGACAUGUUAAUCCGUGGUCUGGAACUGAUGUUUGUCAAGAAACGCCAGAUACCCAUCGAUCGUAUGGCUGCAUUCAUCAAGCGAUUUUGCAUUGUGGCACUCAAUAUGCCUACCAAGACUGUUGCCAAUUGUAUGCAAUUGGUCAAGCGGCUGAUAAAUAAAGAUCGACGAUUGGAUGCACUUGUGCAAUCCGAAGAUCGCGCAGCAAGUGGUGUGUACAUGCCUUAUCUCCAAGAUCCAGAACUCUGCAACCCAUUUGGUACAAGUCUUUACGAACUCUUUUUGUACAAGGACCAUUAUGAUCCCAAUAUCCGAUCCUUUUCACAAUCUAUCCUUCAACCACCAGAAACCCAAUAA